CGCUUGCAGCUUUUCUAUAGGCGCAACAAGUUGGAUUUUGUUUGAUACAGUUUUACGUUCGUUUUUGUUGUAUACAGUGACAGAAUGUGUAACAAUUCAGGCCGUAAGGAACUCAUGAUCAAAAUCAUGGCAAUCGUUUCCCUUUUUUGUUUGGCUGAAGGGGCUUCUGGAGCUUGUAUGACUUAUGGACAUGCCUGUUGGGGGGCUCACGGAAAAAGAAGUGACAGCUCAAGUUUACCAUCACCGAAGGAGGACCACAGCAAGACUUUCAAAUCAAAAUGGUUCUUAUCUAGGUUGAUUCAGGGCCCAAUGGACUUGAGAAUCCUGAGGGAGGGAGACUUUGAUAUAUCAGCAAGGAACCAGAACAUUGAACCUCUAUUGGCCAUUGACGAUGUCAUAAGCAAACAAGACCCUUGGAAGACUAACCAAGAACUGAUUCCUGACACAGAUGAUCAACUUUUCGACGACAGCUUUCUGAGAGCCGAAGAAAACAAUAGGAUGAGGUUACCAAAAGCCCUAGCCAAACGUUCUACAAAAUGAAACUAAGGAUUGCGCUACCAUCAGCCUCUCGAGACAACUUUCACUGACCCCAAACAUUAAUUUGUUGUAUUUCCUGCAGCCCUGUUGAUUGUUAUAGGCUGGAAACAACUAAUAGGGCUCCAACUCACUGUUUUUCCCAUGCCAUGUAUUUUAGGUAAAAACAAUUAAUGAGAAAUAUUGGUCUGAUUGUAUAGUAAAUCAACUUUUUGUCAGGAUAAAUACACUGCUAUAUUUCCACCAAAAUCUUUCCCGUUGACAAAUUUAUUGUCGUGGCUCAAACAAAAUGAAUUCAAGUGGCCUCAAGACUGUCAUAUAAUUAGUAAUUUCAUUGGUGUCAUAAAAAGAACUAGUUUAGAAACUGUAAUAUGAAUAAAGAAAAAUUAUUAAAAUAUAUG